UCACAACCAAGUGAAGCAAUUCCUUACAUAUGAAAUACCUCCAAACAAAAGCUAAUAUUUUAGUUUGGUAGUACCAAUCAUAACCUCAACAUUUCAAACGUUUCCAUUAACAAAUAUGUGCUGCCACAAAUUCACCUAAACUAUAUACUUUAUAUUACAUUAUUAUUAUAAAACCCUUCCCUUCAUUCUGUUCCAACAAUUAUUCAAUUUUAUUCCAUUUCAACCUGAAUUUUGUGGUCAAUUUUUUUCUUCUUCUUCUUCAGAAGAUGGGUUUAGUAGAAAGGUCAAAGAAAAAAACCCAUUUAUGGAAGAAAGCAAUGCUUCAUUUUUCUUUAUGUUUUGUGAUGGGUUUUUUCACAGGUUUAGCUCCAACAGGUAAAUCUUUAAUAUUUUCUAGCAAAUUUGAAAUUUCAGUCUCAAAUAGAACAGAAGUUGUAGCACCACAACCUUCUCAAAUCUCAACAAAAAAUGGUAACAAAAGUUGGACAGCUCCAGCACCUAGAAUCCAUAGCCAAAAAACAGCAGCAGCAGCAACAACAAAAUUGCAUGUAAAACCACUACCUCAAUUGAAGCCUAAAAGACUUUUAAUCAUAGUAACACCAACAAGCACAAAACUACCUUAUCACAAUGUUUUUUUGAGAAGGUUGGCAAAUACUAUAAAGCUUGUUGAUCAACCAUUGCUUUGGAUUGUUGUCGAAGCGAAAACCGAAUCAACUGAAUUGCCAGAGAUAUUGAGGAAAACUGGUAUCAUGUAUAGACAUGUUGUUUUCAGUGAAGAGUUCAUGGACUUAGAAGCUGAAUUGAAUCAUCAAAGAAAUUUAGCUCUUAGACACAUUGAACAUCAUAGACUUAGUGGGAUUGUUCACUUUGCUGGCCUUUCUAAUGUUUAUGAUCUUCAAUUCUUCCAACAGCUUAGAGAUAUUGAGGUCUUUGGGACAUGGCCAACGGCAUUAUUACUUGCAAACAGAAAAAGAGUGAUAAUUGAAGGACCUGUUUGUGACUCAUCUCAAGUUAUUGGAUGGCAUUUAAGGAGUAUGAACAAUGAGACAAUCACUUCUCCCAUUCAUAUUUCAAGUUUUGCAUUCAAUAGCUCCAUUCUGUGGGACCCUGAGAGAUGGGGUCGCACUUCAUCUGUUAAAGACACUUCUCAGAAUUCAAUCAAGUUCGUGAAGCAAGUAGUUCUAGAAGAUGAGGCUAAGUUGAAGGGAAUUCCACCGUACUGCUCCAAAAUCUUGCUAUGGCGUUUCAACUUCUUUUAUAGACGCACCAUUUCCAAGCACUAGUUUUCUAACUACUAUACAUCAUAUGUUAGCCAAAGAUAAAGGGGAAUGAUAGAGAAAAUAACGAAUAUUGAAGCAAUUCAGAAAUUGCCAGUACAAGGGUUGCUAUCAUACUGCAAAAUAUACGAAAUUUAUUCAUUUUUUAUCUUUGUAAUUUUCUUCCGUAUAUAUUUUUUAUUUGUGUUCAAAAAUUUUGUUAGCUUACGUAAGAGGGUCUUGUCCUAUGAAGCAAAACUUUUGAAGCAUGUUUGAUUAUUUUUUUAACAUAAAGAUUCUCAAAUCUAAAGCA